CGGCCCUUUUGGAUCUACACAGUGGAAGUUGCAUCUUGUGUAUGGCGUGGUUAAGCUUGCAGCCUCUCACCUCGGCCUUCCUCCAUUUUGGGCUGGUUACUUUUGUGCUGUUUUUGCAUGGUUUGCAGGUGGAUGCUGGCCUGACGGGAGACUCAACCAGUUCAGUACAAAACAGCUCGUGUUCAGGAUCUUUUGACUGCAAGGAAGGUGUUAUCCUGCCAAUAUGGUACCCAGAAAACCCAUCCCUUGGGGACAAAAUUGCCCGUGUUAUUGUAUACUUUGUAGCACUGAUCUACAUGUUCCUUGGAGUCUCCAUCAUUGCAGAUCGAUUCAUGGCAUCUAUAGAGGUCAUCACAUCACAAGAGAAAGAAAUCACGAUUAAGAAACCCAAUGGAGAGACCACAACAACAACCAUUCGGAUUUGGAAUGAAACUGUUUCCAACUUGACUCUCAUGGCUCUGGGCUCUUCUGCUCCUGAGAUCCUUCUGUCUCUGAUAGAAGUAUGUGGGCAUGGGUUCAUAGCUGGAGACCUGGGGCCAUCUACAAUUGUUGGCAGUGCUGCCUUCAAUAUGUUUAUCAUCAUUGCCAUCUGUGUCUACGUGAUCCCUGAUGGGGAAACCAGAAAGAUAAAACACCUGAGAGUUUUCUUUGUCACAGCUGCAUGGAGCAUCUUUGCUUACAUCUGGUUGUACAUGAUCCUUGCUGUCUUCUCUCCAGGUGUGGUGCAGGUCUGGGAAGGUCUGCUCACACUUUUCUUCUUUCCACUUUGUGUUCUUCUGGCUUGGAUAGCAGAUAGACGCCUGCUUUUCUAUAAGUAUAUGCACAAAAAGUACCGUACUGACAAGCACAGGGGCAUCAUCAUAGAAUCAGAAGGUGAUCACCCUAAGGGAAUUGAGAUGGAUGGCAAGAUGAUGAAUUCCCACUUUCUGGAUGGAAACUUAGUGACUGUGGAGGGGAAAGAGGUAGAUGAAUCUCGCAAAGAGAUGAUCCGGAUCCUUAAGGAUCUGAAGCAAAAACACCCGGAAAAGGAUUUGGACCAGCUGGUAGAAAUGGCUAAUUACUAUGCCUUGUCACAUCAGCAGAAGAGCAGAGCCUUUUAUCGCAUUCAGGCUACCAGAAUGAUGACAGGGGCUGGCAAUAUCCUGAAGAAGCAUGCAGCUGAGCAAGCCAAGAAGAGCACCAGCUUGCAUGAGGUGCGGCCGGAUGAGCCUGAGGAAUUCAUCUCCAAAAUUUAUUUUGACCCGUGUUCCUAUCAGUGUCUUGAGAACUGUGGUGCCGUUCUCCUGACUGUGGUUCGGAAAGGAGGGGAUGUGUCCAAGACCAUCUAUGUAGAUUAUAAAACCGAGGAUGGCUCUGCCAAUGCUGGUGCUGACUAUGAGUUCACAGAGGGGACUGUUGUCUUGAAAUCAGGGGAGACCCAGAAGGACUUUGCAGUGGGAAUUAUUGAUGAUGACAUCUUUGAGGAGGAUGAACAUUUCUUUGUGCGACUCAGUAACCUCCGUGUGGUGGACAGUGAGGAACCUCCAGAGCUCGGUAACUCCCCGUACCCAAAGGCGAUACUGGCUUCUCCUUGUGUGGCCACAGUGACUAUCUUGGAUGAUGACCAUGCUGGCAUCUUCACAUUUGAGUGUGAUGUUAUUCAUGUCAGCGAGAGCAUUGGUGUGAUGGAAGUCAAAGUUCUAAGGACAUCAGGUGCUCGGGGUACAGUCAUAGUGCCAUUUAGGACAGUGGAAGGGACAGCAAAAGGAGGUGGAGAAGACUUUGAAGACACUUAUGGGGAGUUGGAGUUCAAGAAUGAUGAAACUGUCAAAACAAUUCACAUCAAAGUAAUUGAUGAUGAGGAGUAUGAAAAAAACAAGAGUUUCUUCAUUGAGCUGAUGAGCCCCCGCAUGGUGGAUAUGAGUUUACAGAAAGAAGUGGCUGAGAGGAAGCUGACAGUUGAAGAAGAAGAAGCCAAGAGGAUUGCAGAGAUGGGCAAACCAAUACUUGGCGAACACCCCAAACUAGAAGUCAUAAUUGAGGAGUCAUAUGAGUUCAAGAGCACUGUGGACAAGCUCAUUAAGAAGACAAACCUAGCUUUGGUUGUAGGGACACAUUCCUGGAGGGACCAGUUUUUGGAGGCCAUCACUGUCAGCGCAGCAGGUGAUGAAGAUGAGGAUGAGUCUGGUGAAGAGCGCCUGCCAUCCUGCUUCGACUACGUGAUGCACUUCCUGACCGUCUUCUGGAAGGUGCUGUUUGCCUGCGUGCCCCCCACCGAGUACUGCAAUGGCUGGGCCUGCUUCGUUGUCUCCAUCCUCAUCAUUGGCAUGCUCACAGCUGUCAUCGGUGACCUCGCCUCUCACUUCGGCUGCACCAUCGGCCUCAAGGACUCGGUGACCGCCGUUGUGUUUGUAGCCUUCGGCACCUCCGUACCAGACACAUUUGCCAGCAAAGCUGCAGCCAUCCAGGAUGUGUACGCCGAUGCCUCAAUCAGCAACGUCACAGGCAGCAACGCCGUCAACGUCUUCCUGGGCAUUGGGCUGGCGUGGUCGGUGGCGGCAAUCUACUGGGCGUCACAGGGGCAGGAGUUCCAGGUGUCAGCCGGCACCCUGGCCUUCUCUGUCACCCUCUUCACCAUCUUCGCCUUCAUCUGCAUCAGCGUUCUCCUCUACCGCCGGCGGCCCCACCUCGGGGGAGAGCUGGGAGGUCCCCGGGGUUGCAAACUGGCUACGACGUUGCUCUUUGUCAGCCUGUGGCUGCUGUACAUCCUCUUUGCCACCCUGGAGGCCUAUUGCUACAUCAAGGGGUUUUAGGCGGCAGAGAGACAGUGCCGCCGAGGGAGGGACCCCCUCCUCCAUUACCUCACCGGACACCGGCCGUGGAUGCGUGGUUUCACCAGGAUGGACGGCUGUCAGCUCACCGCCCUGACAGGUGCCAGGAUGGGCGGAUCCAUCAUGGGACGAAAAAGAAAUCCAUGAAAACCACCCCAAAAAAUGAUGCAAAAGAAAAGAAAGCAACAAUGGCAAGCAUUUAAAUGGACAAAAUGAAGUGAACCCAGCCACUGACCCCAGUCGAUGUGACUAAGAAGUCUCAGCCAUCUCCCAAGGCCACCUCUCCCACAGGUUCGUUUCCUCUUCUCCAAAGCACCCCUCCACUGUAAGGAGAUGCUUUCUUGUUUUUACUCUUUAGGAAUUGCAG